CUGCGGGUACCACACGUAUCGCAGCGUGGGUCUGCUGCUCCUCUUCCUGCCUUUUAGAUGCUCCAUACUGCUGCUGCUGUUGAUGAACCCCACAGCCUGGUGUGCUGAUGCCUUUGAUGGUCACAGACGGAUCCUCUCUUUACGAGGCAGUCUUCGCCAGCUGCUGGAGCGGAGUGUUGACUCGAAUGGGCACGAAUCCAAGGCGCAGCGCCAUGCUCGCUGACCUUCGCCUUGCACUUAGGCAAGGCAGAAGACUCAUCCUGUCCCGAUGCUUGGCACGCACGCACUCGCUCCUAUACGAUGGGGCGACUGACGUACUGGAUUGUUCGAUUGUGGCUGGGGGAGCGAUCCGGAGCCGACAGAACGUGCGUAUAGAGCCAAGUUUGAAUUUUGCCGCCAAAAUGCUCAGUAAUGAGUUAAAUAAAAAAAACAAUAGUAGAGACAGAAGUUAACUUUUAUGAGGAGUGUUGUCUGCUGGUUUGCGG